AUGGAGGAUUCACCGACACCCCCAACAGGACCAGGACCAUCGGAAAUGGACGAGAUGUUCGUCAAAUCCGAAGAUACACCGACGGCUCGUCCAAAACGACAGCCGAAGAAGAACGUACGCUACAGUAACGCCGACUACUUGAUGGGCGUGGCCGAAGGGGCGCCAAGCUCGUCGUCCGGACCGCCGAAACCCCAAAAAAGUGAGCUGGAGGUGCCGAAAAGUGCUGCUAGGAAGAGAAAGUCGAAUCCGCGGCAAGAGGAGCAGGCUAUGAUCCUAACCGACGCCUCUCAAAUCCACGUGGCAAUGGAAUACGAAAUCCCACAGAACCAUGAGGAUGACGAUGGACCACCGGUGCUGGACGAUGUGGAAUAUGGAGAUGAAGAUGUUGGUGUUGGGCAAGGAGGAGAGGCAGAUGAUGGGCAGGAAUCGGAUUACGAUGAGAUGGCACCGGAUUUGGAGAGAAAUCCGCUAACCAAAAAACGGGGCCGCCCACGCCUUCCAGAAAACAUGGUUCGUCCACCGCCAGCGGUUCGAGUCAAACCAUCGCCCCGAGUGACGCCACGUAGCAUUGAAACGACGCGGAUUGCUCAGCAAAACGUUCGUCUGUUCCAUCCGGAACUCGAUACGACGCCAGAAGGCGACCUAAAAACGGAAUUUUGUAACUUUUUUUUCAGCAAAAACACUGGCUGGCUUCUCCCAAAACCGCCACGCCUACCCCCACUGACCACUGAAAAAGGCGCCUUCGUCUUCUAUGUCAAUGGAUCGAGUUGUAAAAAUGCGAAAGAGAUCUCAAACGACGACUUGCGUCCAUGGACAGCUGUCAGCGACGCGAACAUUCCGAAUUCGGUGAACAUAAAGCCAAAUGUACGACGCCAUGCCGUUGCCCGGCUAUCUGGACAGCUACGGAUCGUUCGACACGAGACACGCCUCGCUGAGUAUCAUUUGACAGAGUAUAACGCGAGAUUACCCAGGGAGCAGAGAUUGAAGAAGAAGUUCGAACCGCAACCAUACGAAGGCAUGCGUGGAGGACUCUACCUGAAACUGCGACCCGGAUGUCUAGCAUGGGCUCAUAAUAAAAAGAAUCUACUCGAUUUUAUGUAUAAUAAUACGAUUUUGGUGGAUAAAGUGGCGCUGAACGUCCGGCUGCCCGACCUGCCCCCGCUAAUUGAGACGGCUGGCGUUUUUGCGUUUUUUGCACCCAGUCAAGACGUCGCCAAUCAAAUUCAUCAUGCUCCCGAUGGUCUGAGCCCGUGGACUGUGAAUGCCACCGGAAUGCCGGAUGACGAUCCAUCGCCGGCGCCACGUGUCCGUUCAACGCGACGAGCACUGAUUCUGGAGCAGGAUGGAGCAUUAUCACUGGCGAAAGAUCCGAAAGAGCAGACAGAUUGCAUUCUGGUGGAGACCAUGUCCACGUUGGCCAGAUGCAAGAGAAUUCGGAAGAGGGUGAGUAGGAAAAAUUCCUCAAAAACGGAGUUUAGCCACAAAAAGUUGAAAUUUGGAAUUUUUGUGGCCAAGGAACGGCCAGGUCUUGCCCAUGGCGCUAAAAUUGCUCAUUCUGAACUAAAAUUAGCUGUUUUCGAGCUUAUUUUGCAGCUCAAAACGCUCCAAAUUCGGAUUUUAGAGUUUCAAAAUCGUUGGGCAAGCGUUGGGCAAGCUCUAAAAUCCUCUAUUUUCAGCGAAGAACGAGGGAUUCUGAAUCAAACAAAGCCUCUGCACCCGCCAAUCGUCACCAACGCUCGUGCCUACGCAUUCUUUGUCGCCGGCACGGCAAUUUUCCCCCACGACAUCAAUCGAGACGAUUUUUCGCCAUGGUCCGGCAAUGGGACGGCCGAGAAUUUGACGAGAUAUCGGACGAAGGUCCGAAAAAUUGGUGCAUCCGUUGAGCCGAACAAUUCGACGUUUUUGCUCAAAGACAACGCGGACUACAAGACGUGUCAAUUCCAUCUCGUCUAUCUCUACUCGACGAAUCCAAGGGACCCGAGACUCCGGAAAAAGAUCUACUAUCUGAUGGAGACCGAGUCGAAAAUGGUCGUCAGUCACGCCCUGAUCAUCUACGACUACACAACGGAGGGCCGAAUCCCGAAAUUGAGCUCUGGACAGUACAAACCGGUGCCAAAACGGCAAUCGAUGAGAAAUUUCAAUCACUCUGUCCAGCCGGACCCAACGGAUGAGCAAUUCUUCUCCGAGGACCAUCGAACGUCGCCGUUCGCCGAAUUGCCCAAUCAGUGCCAAGACGGCACACUGUACCUCCACGUGACGGAUAGAGACUUUUGGACCGAUCGAAAUCGACAAAUUCAAUUUUUGGUCAAUGAGGGGAAUAUUAUCGAAGAAAUGGGAUGCCUAAACAACAAAGUGCCGGAUCUUCCACCGCCGAUCACAGGAAAAGGACUCGUCGUCUUCUUUGUCGACAUGCGAGAGCUGAAUAUUCGAGCAUUAACGAUCGAUAAGCUUGUCCCGUGGUCCGAAAGUGUUUCGAAUAGCGCCGGCCCUACAAUUCGUCCGAAAUCGUGCAAAACGCCAUUGAUGGUCAACGCCCAUGGCCAACUUCGUGUCUCCAAGUCUCCCGAUCACUCUACGUAUCAAAUUCACACCUACACAGCAACACUGCCCCGUUGCACUCGUUUAAGGAAGAAGGUUGUGUACGUGUUGAAGAAUGGUGGCCCGUGUGGCCAUGCGCUGAUCAUGUACUCGUUUACGGAGGCCGGAGAGACCCCACAGCCACUUCACAAGGCGAUUCAUGGACAUUAUGCACGAGGUGGAGGCGGAAGUGAUGAUUGGUACCACAACCUGGAUCAGAAUAUUCGAGAAGACGUCGACCUCUACAUGCGAACGAUGAAUCCAGGCGAGGCGAUCAAAUCGCUCUACGAAGUGCACGGCAUCCAGGUGACACGUGGCAUGCUCUACGCUCUCAGACAAUCGGCAGCCGACGAGCUGGACGUUGAGACGGCAUACGGUAGUUAUGCGACGAAGGAUGAGCAAUCGGGAAUGAUCGACGUGGAAAUGAUGGAUUCGGAGGAGAUGAUGGUCGAGGAGGAGGAGAUCAUUGUGGAACACACCGAGACAGUACCCUAUGAUCAUCAGGGGAAUGGACCCCGAAGAAAUCCGUUUUUGGAGAAGAAUGUGCCCUAUUUUAAGCCAUUUUUUUUUCAGGCAACCGCUGGUUUCGUGCGUGGCUCCGUCCGCAAUGACGCUCUAUGGAGAAUUGCCCAGAAGCAGUUUGGUGUGGAGACGCAGGACCAAACCUUCGACCAAAUCUUCAAAUUACUGUAUCAGCGGGAUGAGCAACGCCUUCUGCACAAUAUCAAUGUGAUGUUCAACGUGGACAUCGUGGCGGGAGAUGAGACGCAGAUUCUGGAAGAGGAGGAGCACCCGGGAGCGCAUUAUUUGGAGCAUUCGGAGCAUCAGAUGAUGGUGGUGGAGGAGGAGGUGGAAGGAGGUGGUGCUGGAGGACCACAGGAAUACAUGCAACAAGUUGUCGUCGAUGAGGAGGAGAUGAUUUGA